UUUUAAAUAAAUGGACUUAAGAUGGUUAUAGGAUGAAGAUAACUUGACAAGUAUUUAUGAUCUUAAUUAUUGAUAAGCUGCAGAUUAAUGCGAUCAUUUUAAUGCAUCUUUCAUUAGUUCUCCAAAUAGAUCAUAAUUUGGAAAAUCAAUAAAAAAUUAAUAUACUGCAGUUGAAUUUACAGACACUUUAGGGAAAAUAUUUUAAGUAAUUGAUUAAUUAUAGAAAUAGGCAAUAAAGGAGAAGAAUUUAGAGAAAGUGUAAAAUUUAAUUAAUAUGCACAAAUAAAGAUCUAAGAAUUUAGGUGAAGAUCCUGAGUUUAGAUGGGAUAUAAUAAAUGAUUUAAGUCUUAAUUGGUCUCCACUUCAUCAUUCAAUUUAUUUGGGUUGCGAAGUUAUAUUUUUAUGGUUUUUAAGUGUUGGAGGAGACAUUUCAUCAAUUACUUAUGAUGGAUAUUCUGCUUUAACAUUAGCUGUUUUAUCAAAAAGUGAAUUAAUGGUCCAUCUUUUGAUUGCAUAACCAAAUUUAAAUGUUAAUCAUGUAUCAAGAAAAGGAUCAGCUUUGCAUAUUGCAGUUUAAUCAAAUUAAAUUUCUAUAUUGAAAUUAUUGUUGCAACAUCCCAAUAUCAAUUUGACUAUAUACAAUGACUAAUUACAAUAACCAAUAGAUUUAGCUACUGGAAAAGCUAAAGAGCUUUUAGAAAAAGAAUUAUAAUCAAGAACUGAUUUUUAUUAAGAAUAACAAAAAUCUUAUAUAUCAAAAGCUAGUUAAGAUGACAGUAACCCAUAAAAUACAUUAGAUGUAAAUUAUAAAUUAUCAUCCAGACUUUUAUUAUUAAUAGACCUCAAAAGCCACCUGUAUACAAAGGAUAUGUGGAAAAGUUACAUUUCUCACAUUUAUAUUCCUAUUAGAGAUACAUCGUAGUUGAUCCAGACAGUGGAGUUUUACUUAGAUUCGAAAAUUAAGAAAAUUAUCCUUUAAAUCCAAAAGAAACAAUACCACUUUAAAAUAUAUUUAAUCUUAAAAUAAUAGUUAAGGAUAGACCUUUAACUAAUAAUUCAAUCUAUUUAUUAAUCGAAUACAAUUAGAAAAAAAUUUAUUUUAUUUUUUAAUCUCAAAAGAUGGCAUAAGUCUGGUAUGAUUCUAUUAAAACAGCUGUAGGAUAUUCAAAAUAUAUAAAAUAUAAAAUAGAUUUAUAUAGUUAAAAAAAAGAAGGAAAAAAAGUAUUUUAAAAGGUUAAUGAUAUGUUAUUAGAAAUAAAUAAUUAGUCAAUUGAAAUUGAUUCUUAAUUUAAACAAUAAUAAUUAAAAUAAGAAAUUAUUGAAUUUAAGGAAAAGCCAGAUAGAAAACUAUUACAAAAUUUAAAAUUUUCUGAUUUUUUAAUUUAAGAAAUGCUUUAAAAAGGAUCGUGUGGUGUAAUAUUUAAGGCUAAAUAUUUAAAAGAUAAUAAGAUUUAUGUUUUAAAGCAAUAAAAUAAAGAAUAACUUAGAAAAUUUUCUUAACUUGAUUAUUCAAUAAAUGAAGUAAAGCUUUUAAAAAUGAUUAAUCAUCCUUAUAUAAUAAGAAUAAAAGGGUUAUUUCAAACUAAAAAUAAUUUGUAUUAUUUGAUGAAAUAUUAUGAAAAUGGAGAUUUAUCAUAAUAUAUAGGUUAGGGUUAUAUUUUAUCUGAAAAUGUUUCUAAAUUAUUAAUAGCUUAAGUGAUAUUAGCUAUUGAAUAUUUACAUUCAUUGAAUAUAAUAUAUAGAGAUUUAAAACCUAUGAAUAUUUUAGUUGGAAAAGAUGGUUUUCUUAAAUUAGCUGAUUUAGGAUUGGCAAAAGAAAUAAUUAAUGAUAGAGCUGCUUUGUCUUUUUGUGGAUCUCCUGCUUAUUUAGCACCUGAAAUAAUUAAAGGAGAUGGUGCAACUUAAUCUGUUGAUGUUUAUGGAAUAGGAGUAUUACUAUAUGAAAUGUUAAGCGGAUAUCCUCCUCAUUUUAUUUAAAAUAUAGACUUAAUGCUUGAAAGAAUAUAAUUUUGUCCAAUUAAUUAUGAUAGAAUUAAAUCUAAAAUGUCAAUUAAAAUUUUAAAAGAAAUGCUCUAAAGAGAUUAAACAAAAAGACCAAAUUUAAAAGAUAUAAAAAAUCAUAUAUUUUUUGCAGAUAUUAAUUGGAAUAAAUUACUUAUGAAGAAUAUACUUCCUCCAAAAUUAAUAAAAACAAAUAAAUAAUAAAAUAUGUUAGAACAAAAACUUAAAGAAACAAUAUUUGAUUAAGAUUAUUCAGACUAAUAAGAAAGAUUAAAUUAUAUUGAGAAUUGGAAUUUAUCAUGA